AGUCUCAUCACGAACUCCACCAGACCAUCAUCAUGAAAUUUGUAGCUCUCGCUCUCGCCCUUCUGCUGGCUGUCGGCUCUCAGGCCGCUUCCCUGCAGGCUGAUGCACCUUCUCAGCUGGCACACCUCCGGGCUGUCAUGGACAUCUACCUGACUCAGGUGAAGGACAGUGCCAACAGAGCCCUGGACCAGCUCGAUGACACCGAGUACAAAGAGCUCAAGACCAGCCUGUCUCAGCGCCUGGAUGUCAUGUACAACCAGAUCAAGGCUAUGCAGGGUGCUGUGUCCCCCGUCACCGACCAAGUUGUUGCUACCAUCUCUGACGCCACCGCUGACCUGCGUACCACUGUGCUAAAUGACAUCGAAAGCCUGAAGGCCGAGAUUGAGCCCAAGCGUGCCGAGCUGAGAGAUGUCAUCAACAAGCACAUCGACGAAUACCGCACCCAGAUGCAGCCCAUCAUCAGCGAGUACUAUUCCAAGCACACAGCUGAUAUGGAAGCACUUAGGGUCAAGCUGGAGCCCGUUGUGGAGGAACUUCGUCAAAAGGUGGCUACCAACCUGGAUGAGACCAAGACCGCCCUGAUGCCCAUUGUGGAAGCUGUGCGUAACAAGCUCUCUGAGCGUCUGGAGACCCUGAAGGACAUGGCCUCUCCCUACGUCGAAGAGUACAAGGACCAGCUGAAGCAGGCCUACAGCCAGGCACAAAACAUCAACACCGAUGAGCUCACUGCCCUGAAGGAAAAGAUUACACCUUUAGCUGAGGACGUCAGGGUUAAGCUCCAAGCUAUCUUUGAGGCCAUCGCUGCUACCGUCAACAAGAACUAAAUACUCUCUACCCUGUUCUUGUAACUAACCUCACCUACCUGUCUGUCCUAGAUCCAACCUUUCUCUCCAUUCCUUCUUUCCUUACAUGCACAUACAGAUCACCUCCCAACAUGAAGCCAAUGCCUCACUGAUGCAUUCCUUUGCAACAAAAUGGCGGAACUCUUGCUCUUUCUCUCUCCUAUGCAAACACUUUACUUCAUGUGCGCAAGCUCAAGCACAUGCAAGCAAAGACGUACACAGACACAUGCUCAGCACACACAUGCUUUACUCUUCACAUGCUACAGCCAGCUGCUUACAUUUUAUGUAGGAAUUGUAUGUGAAUUAUCACAAGUGCCUGAAACUCUGUGUAAUGAUGCUUGUUUGAUGAAAACUGUGCUUUGACGAAAUACAGCUCAAUAAACAUCUGACUGUUUAUACUA